UAAGUCAGCGUUUUAGCAGCUUUUUAAAUACCUAAGUCUGCAUGAUGCUGAAAUGCUGACAGGGACAUUUAACCUCUUAAUAACAACUUGAAAUCUGUACAGAAAAGCUGAAGCAAUUUUAGACGGUGAAAAGCAACCUAGGUUCUGUGACUACAGCAGAGAUUUUUAAUUUGUUGGGAUGGGACAUCAAAUUCACAGUGUAUAUAGCCUGUUGAUUCUUCUUAAUCCAGUUUUUGGACAGUGGUCUUGGUGGGCCAGUCUUUGGGGCAGUGGAACAACAGCAGCCCCUGCAGAAACCAUUGAGUCAGGCACUAGCACAACUCUGAUUCAGGUAGAAGAAAUCUUGGAGGGAACACAGAGCAGUGCGACAUGGAUCACAGACAAAUUUCUUAGUCCAUCAGAGGAAUCCAUUCACUCGUCAGACUUUCCUCUUCCCGUUAAAGGGACUGUCAUGUCAGAAGACACCAUGGCAAUAACUAAGAAUCCCAAGAGUUCUAAAAAACGUCUGAAAAAAUGGAAGACAGAGAGGGGUUCCAGGGGACAUCUUGAUCUUACUGAAUUGAUAGGUGUUCCACUUCCUCCUUCAGUUUCUUUUAUCACUGGAUAUGAAGGAUUUCCUGCAUACAGUUUUGGACAAGAUGCCAAUAUAGGCAGAUUAACCAAAACAUUCAUACCUCAACCUUUCUACAGAGAUUUUGCUGUCAUUGUAACCAUAAAGCCAACCACUAACCGAGGUGGAGUGCUCUUUGCCAUUACUGAUGCCUUCCAGAAAAUCAUCUAUUUGGGCAUUGAAUUAACACCUGUGGAGGAUGAUACACAAAGGAUUAUAAUGUACUACACGGAAUCCUCAACAUCAAAGUCACAGCAGGUAGCUUCGUUCAAAGUUCAAGAAAUGACAAACAAAUGGAAUCGCUUUACACUGGCCGUACAAGAUAAUAAGAUUACAUUGUUCAUGGACUGUGAAGAGUAUCAUCGUAUUUUGUUUGAGCGCACUUCCCAACAACUGCAAUUUGAAUCAAGCUCAGGAAUUUUCGUUGGAAAUGCCGGAGGGACUGGUCGACCAAAGUUUAUUGGUUCUAUUCAGCAGCUAUUGAUAAAACCAGAUCCAAGAGCUGCAGAAGAGCAAUGUGAAGAUGACGAUCCUUAUGCUUCAGGAGAUGAGAGUGGUGACAGUUCUCAAGAAGAAGUUAAUGUUGAUGAAGCUAAGAAAAACAUUGAAGAAGUAGAAUAUUUCCCUUCGCCAUCUGAACUAGAGCAUAGUGUCCCUAUGCCAGCACCACCUACUGAAGUCUCCAUCAUUAAGGAAACAGAUGAAUUCUCUGGAGGUCUUUCCACUCCUACUGAGCAGCUGUUGAUAUCUUCAGCUAUCCCGGAGCACACUGAAGAAGUUGGAUUAGAGUCCUCUGUUUCACAAAAAGAAGUACCUAGAGAAAGAGGUUCUGGUGUUGAUGCAUCACACAGAGAAAAAACAGAAAGUAGUUCUUUUAGAUUUGGUCCAAAAGGUGAAAAGGGAGAUCCAGGUCCUCCUGGACCACCUGGACCAUCUGGCCAACCCGGUCAGUCUAAUGGAGUCACACCACUCGCAGGACCUCCAGGUCCAGCAGGACCACCUGGGCAGCCAGGAACCCCUGGUAGAGAUGGACAGCCUGGUCUUUCUGGGAAAGAUGGACUACCAGGUGAAAAAGGACCUCAGGGCUUUCCAGGAUUACCUGGUGAAUCUGGCAUUAAAGGAGAAAAGGGAGAGCUUGGAGUCGGGUUACCAGGCCCACCUGGUCCUCCUGGACCUCCUGGCCGUGCCUUCUCUUAUCAGUUGAUGAAUGAAAAUGAUGCUGAAGGCUCUGGUCUGCGGGAUAUUGACAGUGAUGCAGAAAUAAUGAGAGGUCCACCAGGACCUCCUGGUCCUCCAGGAAAGCCAGGGCCACCAGGACCUAGCAGCCCUGGUGGAAGUUUAAAUGAUGCAGUCACUGGACCUCCAGGACCACCUGGAAUCCCUGGAAAAGAUGGCCCUCCCGGUAAACCAGGUCUUCCAGGAUUUCAUGGUCCUCCAGGCCGUAAUGGCAGUACUGGUCCAAAAGGAGAACAUGGUGACAAGGGUGACAUCGGCCCACAAGGCCUGCCUGGAGAAAAGGGUGACCCUGGAAUACCAGGAGAGGCUGGACCACCAGGACUUUCCGGAACCCAAGGUCAGACAGGAUUACCAGGCCCACGGGGGCUUCCAGGGCCACCAGGACCUCCAGGACCACCAGGAAGAGGAUACAAUUUUGGACUGGAGGACAUGGAAGGCUCUGCAGCUUUUGGAGGACUUAGUGAACCUGGACCCAGGGGGCCACAAGGAAUUGCUGGGUUGCCUGGCCCUGUAGGAUCAAAGGGUGAGCAAGGCGAUAUUGGUCCACCUGGCCCAACUGGUCAAAAGGGUGAACCAGGAUUGACUGGAGUGGAUGGACUUCCUGGGAUAGCUGGGGAGCCAGGACUUGUGGGUGAAAAAGGUGAAAUGGGAAACAAAGGCCAAAAGGGAGAACGUGGACUGGAUGGAGUGAGCAUAACAGGCCCUCCUGGGCCUCCUGGGCCACCAGGACCAGUGAUAUCACUACAAGAUUUUAUGUUGAAUGACACUGAUGGAAUAUUUAACUUUACUGGAAUACAAGGGCCACCAGGACCACCUGGUCCUGAAGGCAUGCCGGGUCAAGCCGGAUUUCCUGGCCCACGGGGACCAAAAGGUGAUUAUGGCUUCCCAGGUGUUCAGGGACCUCCAGGAGUAAAGGGAGAAAAGGGAGAACCUGGUGUGGUUAUUGCAGCAGACGGGUCUAUGAUGACUGGGGUAAUUGGACCAAAGGGACCAAAAGGAAUGAAGGGUGACAGAGGCAUGUCAGGACCUCAUGGACCAAUGGGUCCAUCUGGUGAAAAAGGAGAAUUUGGAUUCCCUGGACGUCCAGGUCGUCCAGGAAUGACAGGAAAGAAAGGAGAGAAAGGAGAAGUGCUGAACAUACAGGGACCCCCAGGACCUCCUGGCCCACCUGGACCCCCAGGACCUUGUCUGAACAUCAAAGGAACAGUUUUUCCAGUUCCUCCCAGACUUCACUGCAAAACUCCAGUUAAUGGAAACGAAGAAACUGAUCGCACAUUAUCAUUCUCAGUGAUAAAGGGGCAGAAAGGCUCUUUGGGAACCAAUGGCCAUAAAGGUGAAAAAGGAGUGAAUGGCACACCUGGUAAACCAGGACCCGCAGGCUCUUUGUUGCCUGAUGAUUUCAAGGGUGAUAAAGGGGAUGCAGGGUACAAAGGAGAUAAAGGAGAGAAAGGAGAGGCUGGGCUUCCUGGACCACCUGGACUUCCUGGAAGAUCUGGACUAGUUGGCCCUAAAGGAGAGGCUGUAAUUGGUCCCAGAGGACCACCUGGAUUCCCUGGUUUGCCAGGACCCCCUGGAUAUGGAAGACCUGGACCCCCUGGUCCCCCUGGACUGCCAGGACCUCCAGGACCAUCAUCCAUGUUUGGUUCUGCUGUCCCACUUCCAGGACCUCCAGGACCCCCUGGUCAGCCAGGACCUCCAGGAAUUGGAACAGCAAAUGCUGUAAUCACAUAUAGAAAUUUGGAAGGUCUGUUGAGAGAUUCAUAUCGAACAGCUGAGGGAACGCUGAUUUAUAUUACUGACAAAAGUGAACUUUACAUCCGUGUUCGACAAGGCUGGAGAAAAGUUCAGCUUGGAGAUCUCAUUCCCAUAACAGGUGACAGCCCUCCUCUUCCAGGUUCUCCAGUCCUUGAAAUGCAGAGCUUCCUUCCUGGGCAUAGUCUUCUUCCACACACUGUACAUACCCGCCCUGGGCUCCAUCUUGUUGCACUGAAUGCCCCACUCUCUGGAGACAUGAUGGGAAUUCGUGGUGCUGAUAAUCAGUGUUUCCAGCAGGCUCGGGCCAUGGGCUUGGUUUCCACAUACAGGGCCUUUUUGUCAUCCCAGCUGCAAGAUUUAGCCACAAUUGUCAAGAAAGCUGAUAGAUUCAACACGCCAAUCGUGAAUCUGAAGGGAGAAAUUCUUUUUAACAAUUGGAUUGAGAUAUUUGCCAAUAAUGGUCAGUUCAACCCCCAGAUUCCCAUAUACUCCUUUGAUGGCAGGAAUGUGUUGACAGACCCCUCCUGGCCCCAGAAAAUGAUUUGGCAUGGCUCUAGUCCAGGCGGAAUUCGUCUGAUGUCUAGUUACUGCGAGGCCUGGCGGGCAGGAGACAUGGCCGUGACAGGACAAGCCUCAUUUCUGCAGAGAGGAAGACUCGUGGAACAACAUACACGCAGCUGCUCUAACAACUUCAUCGUCCUCUGCAUUGAGAACAGCUACCUGCCCGAUCACCGAAGAAAAUAAACAUCCACAGGAUAUCCUGGUGAACACUAGUCUGGCAAUGUCAGCAGUAGGAAAGAAAAUGAAAAGAGACACUAAUCAUUUAAAAAUGUCUUAUAUCGGAAAGAUGUAAAUAUUGCCUUCCAAUGACGGUUGGUCAUCAAAACACAAUUAGUGAUGCAGAUGCCAAAGAAAAGAUACCUCAAGCAUUCAGUCCUCGAGUUAAAUGAGAAGGAGACAAGCGAUGCUUGUGCCACAGCACUGCUCACUGACAGCCGCGACAGCUUUUAGUCACCUUAUGAGCAGCCUUGUUCUGUCCUCACGAACUCUUUAUUUUAAGUUCUGCAUAUUGUAUUAUAAUUGAAAUCAACAUUCAAGUAAAUUAUUCACUAAUCACUUAUUUAUACCGGCAGAGGACAUCCAAGCUCUAGACUGUUUCCCUGUUUUUAGUAGAACUCCGACAAACUUGGGAGUUUAUACUAACUCUAUGGCUUCCUGGAAAAGGAAGGAAAAUCUGUUUAAAAAGAGAGAACUUAAAAUAAAUGGUUACCACUGUCGUCCAUUCAUGUGGAAGACUUAAUUAAGCUUGUGAUGCUUACAUGCAUCUUUGUUAAGCCUGUGUCCAAAAUCUUCAUUUGGUGCUUUCUCAACAAAACAAAAGUGGCAGGGAGAAGGGGGACUUAAGUGUUAUGCUUUUUCUGAGAAAACCCUCGGUAUUCUUUGGAAAAGCUUCAGGUCCACUUAUGCACUGGGAGGAUACAUGUGGACGUAGUUAGAGUUGCUCCAGUUCACAGGGGAUGCAUUGAAAGACGCAAGCGUGUGCAGAGUACGCUCUCUGUAAACGUUAGCGGCACAUAAUCAAAAGAAAGCACAGUAAUGGCGAUGUGAGAUGGAGGUCCUCGCGCCAGCCCUUUUGUGGGACCUGGCGUCUUACGGCUUUAACUGUGGCCUUUUUUAAUUUCAUGAAAUGGGUACAGCUGAGAUUUUGGAGACCUCCGAGUACAGCGUAUUAGGUUUGGUGCUUUUUAUUAAAUGCAUAGUAUAAAGUUCAAGAAUGGAUAUACACAUAAUUAAGAUUCACUGUAAGAGAAAGCAAAGACGGGGGUGUCUUGGGACACCCCUCACAUGUCAAUGAAGGAGCAGUAGCUGUAGGUGAUAUUUAUUGCCUUCAUUUUUUAUAUUGUGUUUAGGUGUACUGUGUGGUAUAAAAAUUGGUUACAACAACAAAGAAUAACAAGACAGACCAUCUGUUUGAUUUUGUCGCCACAACUUAUUUUAGAAAAGCAUAUUGCGAAAGUCAUUCAUUGGUAAUGGUUUAAACAAUUGUAAAAAAAAAAAAAAGAAUAUUAACAACCAAAUUGGGAAUCAGUGGAUUUUAGGAUAUGUUUCUGUAAGUAUAUGCACAGUGAAUAAAUGCUUAGUUGUUUUUUGUUUUUUUUUAUA